AUGCCUUCGUUUCUACGUGCCGUUGCGUUCCUCUUUCUCUCGUUUACUGCCUCUGCUCGCGCGGACCUGAACAACGACACCUCUCCUACGUCCUUCUUCCACUCGAGACCAGAGAUUCAUGCGCCCAUAAUACAAUUCGACGUGCUAUGGCCCGACUUCGUGUCGCCGGGCUACAUUUUCCUCUCGCCCUAUCGCAACGUCGACCCUGGGCCCUACAUAUAUGAUAACUAUGGCAACCUGGUGUGGUCCGGAGCUGGUCUCAUGGGCCCCAUGGUUGGCCACGCGCCCCGCGUCUGCGACUACCAGGGCGAGGACCACCUUUGCUUCUACCAGGGCGAGCAGUACCAAGGCUUCGCCCGCGGCCACGGCAUGAUCAUGAACAACGAGUACCGCGUCGUCAAGACGGUCGAGAGCGGGGGUUCCACCGCCCAGGCCGACAUGCACGAGUUCCGCGUGCUGCCUGGCGGCAAGACGGCCCUGAUGACCGUUUACCAGACCCGCCAAUACGACCUGGCACCCUUUGGCAUCGAGCGGGGGAUGGGCUGGAUUGUCGACAGCGUCUUCCAGGAGGUUGACAUUGAGACCAACGACGUGGUGUUCGAGUGGCGCGCCCUGGACCACGUGUCACCGAGCUUCAGCUACACCAUGCCCGGUACCACCGACACCAGUGGCGACGGACGCUCGCCCAACUCGCCGUGGGACUACUUCCACAUCAACUCCGUCGACAAGAAUGAAGACGGCGACUAUCUCAUCUCCUCGCGCCACAUGGCUGCCGUGUACAAGAUCUCGCGCGAGGACGGCCAUGUCAUCUGGGAGCUGAACGGCGCGAACCCCAGCUUCCGCAACCUCAACCUGCACUUCUCCAGCCAGCACCAUGCGCGCUGGCUAAAGGAGAACUCGACGCAUACGGUCCUCUCCCUCUUCGACAACGCCAGCAAUCACUACAACUCCACGAACCCCUGGUCGCGCGGUAUGACCAUCGCCAUCAACCACGUCGCCCGUACGGCAUCGAUGCUCCAGGAAUGGCUGGCCCCGGACGCGGCAGGAGGGGUGUUGUCGGGAUCGCAGGGCAACAUGCAGGUGCUCAAGGACGGCCACGUCGUGAUCGGCUGGGGCAACAACCCCUUCUUCUCCGAGCACCUGCCAACGGGCGAGGCCGUCAUGUACGGCAAGCUCGCGCAGCCCGAGUCGGGAGUGGUCAACUACCGGGUGUACAAGUUCGAGUGGUCGGGCACGCCCCGGGACAACCCGGCGCUGUGGACGUUCUCCCGCACGGGGACCAGCGUCGCGGGCAUGGUCUUCUACGUGUCGUGGAACGGUGCCACCGAGGUCAAGUCAUGGCAGUUUUACGCGGGCAACGAUGCAAACGGGCCGUGGGAGUUUGUGGGAAAUGCGACCAAGCAGGCACUGGACGAGCACGGGAACGUGCUGCGGCGCUCGUCGGUCACCAAGACGUUUGUGCCAUCGGCGGGCCUCAUGCCGUCGUGCGACGACUGGAGCUGCCAGCGACACCCGCCGCUCGCCGAGGGCGAGGUCAUCGAAGCACACCCGCCAUUCGUGGCCAACGGCGGGGCCAACUGGAACACGGGCCUCAACAGCUUAAACUACUACACAACGCUGCCAAAGUCGGUGGGAGCGAGCAUCGCAAACAUCGGGGGCCCGCUGGCGGUCGGCGUGGCCAUUGUUGCGCUGCUGUGCCUGUGUCUGUACAAGCACCGGGCGAUGCGGAGCAUGUCCGGAUGGCAGCGUUCGCUGCAGCAGCGGGCGGUGGAUUUGCAGGAGGUGCUGAGGGAUGCGGAGACGGGGCUGUGA